AGAUUAACCGAGUUUCAAAGAUGCCGUUAACAGACACCUCAACUGUUACCAGGGUUCCGAUUGCCAUUGCUUCUCUUCCAAAGCAUAAGGUUUUUGAUCGAUCAAUUCUUCAAAUUUCCAAGACUGCGAAUAAUAGUUGCCGAAGCUUUUCAGCGAUCAAGAUUUCUAGAAACUAUGAUUUUGUGGUUCAUUCAGUUUCCGGAGAUGCUAGUGCUUCGGUUGGGUUUGAUGUGCCAUUUCCUAGAGAUUACUCGGAGCUUCUUGAACAAGCAAAACAGGCAACUGAAUUGGCCUUGGAGGAUAAAAAGCAGCUGAUGGAGAUUGAGUUUCCAACUUCUGGACUUGAAUCUGUUCCAGGUGAUGGUGAGGGAGGUAUAGAAAUGACAGAGAGCAUGCAGCUGAUUCGAGAGUUUUGUGACCGGUUUAUAAGUCCAGAGAAAGCUAUGCGAACCAGAAUAUUUUUCCCAGAGGCAAAUGAAGUUGAAUUUGCAAGAAAAUCAGUAUUUGGAGGAGCUUUAUUUAAGCUAGACUAUCUCACAAAGCCAUCAUUUUUUCAAGAUUUCGGUUUUGUUUCAAAGGUCAAAAUGGCAGAUCGUGUAAAACCAGAGGAUGAAUUGUUCAUGGUUGCUUAUCCAUAUUUUAAUGUCAAUGAAAUGCUUGUGGUGGAAGAGCUUUACAGAGAAGCUGUAGUAAACACUGCUCGGAAACUAAUUAUAUUUAAUGGGGAGCUCGAUCGCAUAAGAAGUGGGUAUUAUCCACCAUUCUUCUAUCCAAAGCUGGCAGCACUCUCAAAGACCUUCUUUCCCAAAAUGGAGACAGUGUAUUACAUUCACAAUUUUAAAGGGCGCAAUGGAGGAGCACUAUUCAGCAGGUGUUAUCCAGGUCCUUGGAAGGUCCUGAGGAAAAUAAACAAUAAAUACAUUUGUUUGCAUCAACAGGAAGUGAUGCCAUCCCUCAAGGAAGUUGCCUUGGACAUUCUUCCUUCAGCUUGACUAUUGGGAUAUGAAUCACUUACAGAAGAAGGUACCCUAAUUAGUUCAAUUAGUCUUCUUCUCUAGAUGCUCUCAUCUGUUUUCCAUGCGGAGGAAUGAUGCAGCAAAUCUAAACUGUCCAUGGGGCUCUCCAGAUUGCCUAUACAGUUACUCCCUGGUCCAAAUCAGCCCUAUAUCACAUAUUGUAUUGGAGUUUUCUCCAAGUGAUCAGUUCUACACAGUUGAAUUUCUUAAUUCAAAAAGUACCUACAGAGAAAUGAUUGUAUUA